AUGCGUCGAGGCUACGAGAAAGAAACGUGGGGCCGACAACUUGUAAUUCAAACCCCAGCUAAUGUGACAGACAAAGAUAUUAUCCAACGAUACGGAGCUGAUAUGGUGAUAACAUGCUCGCAACUGAAUAAACCAGUCACCUAUCAAAUAGAAGUGUGUCAAACAUCAUUUCCAAUUACAAUUAUAGCAAAGAGAGGUCCGAUGCAAAAGUUCGUUCAAACUACAAUCGAGAUGGACGAUGAGGCCAAUGUCGCUCAAGCACAUUCUCGCCCUCCUUCCAAAAAUCUCUAUCUUGUUACAGUUGUAUUAACGUACGAAAUUGACUAUCAAAGUGAUAAACAAAAGAAUAUGAAGACAUCCUAUCAACGACUGAUCGAACGUCGACCCACGGAGGCACCAUCCAACAAUCAAAAUUGGUUUUAUCGAAAUGAUGAAGGCCGGUGGAUACGGUACGAAUCACUCGUGCAAGACACGAUUGAGACAGCGUUUCGGUUAUAUCGAUCUGGACAAGGUCUAUCAACAGUCGACGUUGAAUUUCCUGGACGCCCCGAGACAUAUCAAAUUAGUUUUCGGUGGGACAACAAACAAACAAAACAACAAAUGUAUCCAAAAUCAUAA